UUUUCAAUGGAAAUCCGAGGUUUUCUCCAAGCCUCUAUUCUAUCUAUGUUUGGGGUUCCUUUCACACCCAUAUAAGAUUGUCCUCAUUCAACGUUGUGAACCAGCUUCUGGGCACCUCCUCAAACUGAGAAGGUUGAUCCAGGUGAAGGCUCGUUUAUUCUGACCACCUCUCUCAUCAUAUUGUUUGAGCCGUGUAUGUUUGCGUCAAACAAACAUGACUCCCACUCACAAUCUCGCCUUCCUUUCCAUAUUAUUAGUUCUCUUACCAGCCAUUGUCGCAGCACAUGAUCAUGGUCGUGUUGCAGGCAUUAACAAUGUUACUUAUGAUGGUAAAUCACUCUUUGUCAAUGGAAGACGCGAGCUCCUCUUCUCCGGUUCCAUCCAUUACACUCGCAGCACCCCUGAUGCGUGGCCAGACAUUCUUGAUAAGGCAAGACAUGGAGGUUUGAACGUUAUUCAAACUUACGUGUUUUGGAACGCUCAUGAGCCAGAGCAAGGCAAGUUCAAUUUUGAAGGCAACAAUGAUUUGGUGAAGUUCAUUAGGCUUGUUCAAUCAAAAGGAAUGUACGUGACCCUCAGGGUUGGACCGUUCAUCCAAGCCGAAUGGAACCACGGAGGACUUCCAUAUUGGCUAAGAGAGGUUCCAGGGAUCAUAUUCCGCUCUGACAAUGAACCCUACAAGAAAUACAUGAAAGCAUACGUGUCAAAAAUUAUCCAAAUGAUGAAAGAUGAGAAGCUCUUUGCUCCCCAAGGAGGCCCCAUCAUCUUGGCACAAAUUGAAAAUGAGUACAACCAUAUUCAACUUGCUUAUGAAGAGAAGGGAGAUAGUUAUGUUCAGUGGGCCGCAAAUAUGGCAGUGGCCUUGGACAUCGGAGUUCCGUGGAUCAUGUGCAAGCAGAAGGAUGCUCCCGAUCCCGUCAUCAAUGCAUGCAAUGGAAGACAUUGUGGUGAUACCUUCUCAGGACCAAACAAACCAUACAAGCCUUCCCUAUGGACUGAAAAUUGGACCGCUCAGUACAGAGUAUUUGGUGAUCCAGUAUCACAGAGAUCUGCUGAAGAUAUUGCCUUCUCAGUUGCCCGAUUCUUCUCCAAAAAUGGAAAUCUGGUCAACUACUAUAUGUACCAUGGUGGAACAAACUUUGGAAGAACAACCUCUGCCUUUACAACAACCCGUUAUUACGAUGAGGCACCUCUUGAUGAAUACGGUAUGGAGAGGCAGCCAAAAUGGAGCCACCUUAGGGACGCCCACAAGGCUUUGCUCCUUUGCAGAAAGGCUAUUCUCGGUGGUGUUCCCACUGUCCAAAAGCUCAACGACUACCACGAGGUUAGAAUCUUUGAGAAGCCUGGAACAAGCACAUGUUCUGCUUUUAUCACCAAUAACCACACUAAUCAAGCAGCCACAAUUAGUUUCAGAGGUUCUAACUACUUUUUGCCAGCACAUUCCAUUAGCGUCCUCCCAGAUUGCAAGACUGUCGUCUACAACACACAAAAUAUUGUUUCACAACAUAAUAAAAGGAACUUCGUGAAGUCUGCUGUCGCAAACAACCUCAAAUGGGAGCUGUUUCUUGAGGCAAUUCCAUCAUCUAAGAAACUUGAAUCAAAUCAAAAAAUUCCAUUAGAGCUUUACACAUUGCUUAAAGACACCACAGAUUAUGGAUGGUACACCACCAGCUUUGAGUUGGGUCCAGAAGACUUGCCAAAGAAGAGUGCAAUUCUUCGUAUUAUGAGUCUUGGACACACACUAUCCGCAUUUGUUAAUGGACAAUACAUUGGUACUGAUCAUGGUACCCAUGAAGAAAAAUCUUUUGAAUUUGAGCAACCAGCUAACUUCAAGGUUGGAACCAACUACAUUUCCAUCUUGGCUACCACUGUUGGACUACCUGACAGUGGAGCUUAUAUGGAGCAUAGGUACGCCGGACCCAAGUCCAUAUCCAUCCUUGGUCUCAAUAAAGGAAAACUUGAACUCACUAAGAACGGUUGGGGUCAUCGGGUUGGUCUCAGAGGUGAGCAACUUAAAGUUUUCACCGAGGAAGGAUCAAAGAAGGUUCAAUGGGAUCCAGUCACAGGAGAAACACGUGCACUCUCCUGGUUGAAGACAAGAUUUGCCACACCAGAGGGAAGAGGUCCAGUUGCCAUCAGGAUGACUGGUAUGGGAAAAGGAAUGAUUUGGGUGAACGGAAAAAGCAUCGGUCGUCACUGGAUGUCAUUCCUCUCCCCUCUUGGACAACCUAGUCAAGAAGAGUACCACAUCCCAAGAGAUUACCUGAAUGCAAAGGACAAUUUGCUUGUUGUAUUAGAAGAGGAGAAGGGAAGUCCAGAAAAAAUAGAGAUAAUGAUUGUUGACAGAGAUACAAUCUGCAGUUACAUUACAGAGAACAGUCCUGCCAAUGUCAAUUCUUGGGGAUCUAAGAACGGAGAAUUUCGUUCUGUUGGCAAAAAUUCUGGACCACAAGCUUCACUGAAAUGUCCCAGCGGCAAAAAGAUUGUUGCUGUCGAGUUUGCAAGCUUUGGUAAUCCUAGUGGUUACUGUGGAGAUUUUGCUCUUGGAAAUUGUAACGGUGGUGCUGCUAAGGGUGUUGUUGAGAAGGCAUGCUUGGGGAAAGAAGAAUGUUUGGUUGAAGUGAACCGUGCAAACUUCAACGGUCAGGGCUGCGCAGGUUCAGUGAAUACACUUGCUAUCCAAGCUAAGUGUUCCUACUAGAGUGAGUGAGUUAGGUGGAUUGAUUUGGCCAACUAUAGCCCAGAAGCUCAAAAAUGUCAUUGCAACAAUUCAAUGCUUGUAUUAUCUGUUUAUCUACAUCCAAUUACAUAUAUAUCAAAAGAUUGCAGUGAUCCAAUUCAAAAUGAUCUUGACAACUACAUCAUCUCAGUACAUAGUAUAUAUCAAUAGUUCCAUUCAUAAUUAGAAGGAAAAAGCGAAAAUAAGGAGCA